AUGGAUGAGGCGAUGUCCUACGCCAACCUUCCACCGGAAAUGACUGAAAAGAUCCUGGAAAAUGUGGACGCGUGCGAUCUACGAAUCGCACAACAAGUGUGCGUUCAGUGGAGGGACAUCAUCAAUAAGAGAAGGCAUGCGAUGAAACGUCUCCGCGUUAAAGAGAUCUACAUUAGUGAUGGACAGGAUGCAGUGGUGGCGACGAUCACGCAUCUUUCACCGUCAUGGGAGAGUGUCUCAACGUUAAAAAUAGCCGACUAUGAGAGCUUGUUCGAUUGUAUUUGGAUUUAUUCACCGAAAAAGUUGAACAUCAAUGCGACUAGGAAUGACCUGAGGAAAGCGCUUGAAGGCAUACCGGAUUGGUGGUUCCAUGAAAUCCAAAUGUUGGGGAUCUAUGAGAGCGCAUGUGACAUCGAUGCGCUGGCUCUUGUGUCGAGGGCCCCUCAAUGUGCGUCGCUGCGAAUUGACCCCUGCUACACCAUCGACAAUGUCACCUCGCUGCUUGAUUGCAUGAAACAGAUCCACGAACUCAAGAUUCGUAGCACUUCCAAGACAAUCAUUGCCGAUGAUUCGACCAUUGAUGCACUGAUCCCUCUCUCUAUCGCGUGUCCUGAAGGACUACAGUCUUUCUGGGUGGACUCUAUUUCGACGGACUUUUCAUUGCCGAAAAUGUUCGAGUUGUUUGAGAAAGGACACUUUUCACCUCGAUGCUCCUUAUUGUUCGAAAAAGUUCAUGGAACAGAUUUGGCACUGCGGAAUUGGAUCAAUUCUCAUGCACAACAAGUUUUGUACAUCUCACAGCAAACGUACAAUUUUUCUUAUCGUGAUGUAGAAAUCGGAAUAUCUGUGGAACAGUUUGUGCCUUAA